CAGAAAGCAAAACGCAGGCUGAUGUGGCUCGAGAUCACAAGGCUGGGAUCUCGAACUCUUUAGCGAGGAUUUUAUAUCACAUCUGGAUAAUUUAAAUACCCUCACGGACAAACAGGGUAUGCCGAGCUCUAGGUGCACCGGUGUGGAGGGCUGGAGCAGUAAGCAGGUUGCAGUGUGGCUCAGAGAGCAGGGUUUUCGUGAAUAUGUGGAUCUGUUAUGCUCUAAACACCGUCUGGAUGGCCCCAGCCUGCUGUGUCUUACCGAGAAGGACCUGCGCUCUCCUCCCCUGGAGCUGAAGGUGCUGGGUGACAUAAAGAGACUAUCACUGGCCAUACGAAGACUACAAAAACACUACACUACCCUCACACACUCAGACUCCAGUGCACUGUCUAAAAUAGACACUGGAGGAACAGAGCAGACCCUGUCCAAUGGGUAUUUAGAGCGAGCAUCAAUAGACCAUCAACACUGUAACGGGACGGUUGCUACAGUCGACGGAGAUCAUAGUUACUCCAAUGGGAAGCGGAAGUCACAUUGUGGCCGUUUGGAUCCAGAGUAUUGGAAAACUGCACUCGGUGCUCUUUACGCCAUGAUGGUGUGCGGAGUGACAUCAUUCGUCAUGGUGUUGGUGCACGAGCGGGUUCCUGAUAUGAGGACAUACCCACCGCUUCCUGAUAUAUUUCUGGAUAGUGUUCCCAGGAUUCCCUGGGCCUUUGCUAUGGCUGAAGCGUGUGCAGUGGUAUUGGGCUCCAUGUUAAUGCUGGUGUUGCUGAUGCACAGACACAGGUCUAUUCUGUUUCGGAGGCUGUGUAAUUUGACAGGCACCGUGUUUUUGCUGCGCUGCGUCACAAUGUUUGUCACUUCCCUGUCUGUUCCUGGUCACCAUCUGCAGUGCUCAGGCAAGAUAUAUGGUGAUGCUUGGACUAAAGUGCAGCGUGCACUGGAAAUCUGGAGUGGACUCGGCAUGUCUUUAACUGGAGUUCAUACAUGUGGAGAUUACAUGUUCAGUGGACACACUGUGGUGCUCACCAUGCUUAAUUUUUUUGUCACUGAAUACACGCCACGUAACUGGAACUUCAUCCACACCAUGUCAUGGGUGCUGAACCUGUUUGGUAUCUUCUUCAUCCUGGCAGCUCAUGAACAUUACUCCAUCGACGUCUUCAUCGCCUUCUACAUCACCACCCGACUCUUCCUGUAUUACCACACGCUGGCCAACACACAGGCCUAUCAGCACAGCCGAAGAGCACGUGUCUGGUUCCCGCUCUUCUCCUUCUUCGAGUGCAACGUGUUGGGACCCGUUCCAAAUGAAUACUGCUGGCCUUUCCCCACACCUUCCUUCAUCAACAUAUUGCUAGGAUAGAGACGCAGUCUUGGGGGAAAUUAUUUAUUUUUUAUAUUUAUUGCUGUUGUUUACUUUCUUCCAAAAUCUUUAACUGUAAAUCAGAGCAGUUGGUUUUGUCGACUUGCACUUUUUAUAAUUACACCUCUAAAUGCCAAACAACAAAGAACAUCUUUAAUUUUUCUUUGAUACCUCAUUAUUCAGAAAAAUAAUUAGUGUUUAAUGUUUUGAGUAUGUCUAUAAUUGCAGAUUUGUUACACUAACGGUAUUUCAACUCCUGAUCAUUUUACAGUAUGUUUAACAGAGAGAAGUGCUAAUUUACUUUGAGUCUUUAUUAAUUAAUGCUGCCUAUUCUAUUCUUGACAUGUCUAAUGGUGCAUAUUUAAAGUCUUACAGCCACAGAGAUAUAAAACAUAUCUUUUGCUAACACAUUCUUUGACACUUUGUAUUGAGGUACAUUAAUAUUAUUUUUUGUAAGUGAUUCUGGGAGUAUUUUGUAAUGUUUUGCCAAUAUUUGUAUUGAAGACUUUUUAAAUCGAUUGAAUUGUUUAAAGGGAGCUAUUAUACAGCUAUUUCAUUCAUGUGUACGAUUCAUGUUUGUGCAAUUGACAUCUGUGAAUGUAGCAUUCUGUAACACUGUUGUUGUUUUUUUUAAUGUAACUGAAGGCUAUGUGAGGUCUAAGAAAUUGGGGUAUACCUGGAGAAUUCUUGAACUAGAAUAAUAAAAGUUUAUUAAAUAUUUAUUAAAAUGUGUGCUUUUAUGUGGCAAGAGUUAUGAAAAUUACACAGUGCCCUGUAUAUUAGCUUAAGACCAUUUCUGUUUAUAUAGUUAGGUGUGAUGUAAAAAGUGUCGCUUUGAAAAUACAGAACAGUUUGAUUAGAGAUUAACUGAUUUAACUGUUCAACCUGUCUGCAUAUGUUUGUCAGACAAACCCACUCUAACUAAAAAGCACUCGAUCCCCGUUACAGAUACAGUCUUGCAUUUUUUCAGCACCGAGAUAAUUACGAUGGUUUAUUUAUGUUUACUAAAGUACAAAUAUGUUUAUUUGAAAUGGCCUAUUUAUCUUUAUUAACUUCACAUGUAUGUUUAUUAUCAAAGUGUAUGAGUUUAUGUGUUCCCCAGUUUGUACAUGGGCUAUCAGCAGCUGUGGGAUUUCAGUGUUAAUUUGUUUUUUACACAUUACACUAGGAACUAGUGUACUUUUGCAAUAAAUCGUUUUUAUUUUUUUCUCAUUAACCUCUUACUGUUCAUAUUGCCUAUAGAAUAAAAUAUGGUCUGAUAAAAAA